AUGAAAAACAUAAUAAAUAAAAAAUUUGAUAGUAUAUCUGCAUAUAUUUAUUUGAAUAAAAAUGGGAUUUUAUUUUAUAGAUCAUUUUCUUUUUUUUUAUUGAUUUUGUAUUUUAUUGGAAUUUUUUAUGUAUCUUUAAAAUAUUCAUAUCAGAAUGAAUCUGAAGAGAAAAAACAAUAUUACUUUAUAUAUUCAAGAAAUUUAUUUGAGUUAAAAAAAGUGAGUUUCGAGUCAUUUAGAAAUAAAAUAGGUAAAUGUAAAUUAUGGAAUAAAAAGGAUGAUGUAAAUAAAAAAAAAAAUAAUGAAGAAAAUAUUGAAGAUUUUAAGAAACAAAAUAUAACUAAGAAUGAAGCUUAUUGUAGUAAUGAAAUUGAUACUAGUAAUAAGAAAGAAGGAGAUUUUAUAAAAGUUAAAAAUAAUAAUUAUAUAUCAAAACAGUUAAGUAAAGAAGAAUUACAUGAUUUAUUGUAUACUUUUGUAGAAGUUCCAGAAAGACAGAUUCUUCUUUUUUUAUGGAACCAAAUACUUGGAUUAUAUGAUGAAAAAUUAAAUGAUUUAUUAAAAGACAUAUUUAAUUUUAUACCAAACCGUGUUUAUAGAAACGAAAAGAAUAGGGAGGGUAGAUCUUUUUAUAAACUUAUAAGCCGUGAAAUGAUAUUUGAUAAAUGUGUUAUUAAUUGUAGAGAAGAAUUAGCAAUAAAAAAAGUAGAAUUUACAAAAGGUUAUUAUGAUUUACUUGAUAAUAAAAAUCCAAUGGAAGAUGUACGAAAAUUUAUUUUUUCAUGUAUAGAACAAUAUGAUGAACUUAUGAAAAAAUUUUGUAAUAAAUAUAAAAAGAAACCUUUUCCAAUAAAAGCAUUAUAUAACCAAAAAGAAAUUCAUUAG